CCCUCUUAUUUUAUUUGAUUGUUUUCAUCUUCCCAAGCCUUGAAAAUUGAGAAGAAAAAUACAUAUAAAGUAAAAUAAUUAAUUAAUUAAUUAAUAAUGUUCCAAAGUAAAAAAAAAAGAAUAAGAAAGGAAAGGACCCACCAAACCAACAAUUCAAAGUAAAUCCUAACCGUUCAAAAAUUCAGUGAUGUGGUCCUCUUUGAUGAUGCCUAGUGGUAACCAUGAUGAUGAUGAUGAUAUAUAUCAUAUAUAUAUAUAUAUAUGAGUAAUCAUCCUCUUCUAUCUAUCUUGUAUUGUAAUGUAAUUGAAUAUUGUAUGUGUCGAAAACCCAAAGCAACUCAACAAGGAAAAAAAAAUCAAAUUUUGCUCAAACCCCACAAUUUCAAAUCAAUUUUACAACAUAUUAUAAUUUAUAACACUUCUCUCUCUUUCUCCUUCUCCUUCUCUUUCUCUUUCUCUUUCCAUGGAAAAUCAAAACAAGAAUAGAACAAGGGUUAAUGGAGGAAGAGGAAGAGGGGGAGUUUUGGAUGGCUUUUCUCCAGUUUCUUCCACUAGAAUUGAUUGGAAGUCUCGAAAAAGAACAGUUUUCUAAAUUGUUUAGACAACCAAAAAAAACAGGUAAAGGAAGGGAUAUAGAGAAGGUGAUCACAACAAGAGAAGAAGAUAAUGAUGUUAAUAUGAAUGAAGAAAAUUUUCUCUCUAAUGAAGUGAAAAUGGAGGAUGCAGAAACAACUCCUCCUGUACUUUCUGAACGUAGAAAGGCUUUGUUUGAACCAUUGGAGCCUACAACUCGAAUAAACCGACAGCGGCCAACGGCUGAGUCUUUGCUCCCCAUGCCGGACUUUGAAACCGCCACUUAUCCCCGCGGCUGGCAAAUUGGCAAGAAGAGGAAGCUAGUCAAUGUUGAUGUUGUUGAAAGCAUGAGGAGGAUUGCUGUUCAAGAAAUGAACAGACAGGAUAAGGAAAUUGAUGAUCUAAAUGGGGUAGUUGAAGAGGAUGGUUGGCUCAUAGAACACCUUCAAGCUCAACUUCAAGACGAAAAGAACAAAAGGGCUGAUGUUGAGAGAGAAAAUGCAACGCUUAGAGACCAAAUCAAUAUACUUAUGAACAUGUUGCAAGAUGGGGAAGAAGUCCCAGAUGAGGAUGAACCACCUCAUGAUGAAACCUAGUUAGCAAAACCCAUUUCCUAGUUUUAAAAAUACCUCCCUAUAUUAUAUGUAUAUGUUUCAUCAAUUUUUUUGUUUCUUUUUACAGAACUGUUAUGAGAAAAAAAAAAGGAGUUAGAACCAGGAAAGUUGCAUAUACAUCCUUAGUUUUUAAUGAGUGUUGUUGUGGUGCAAUUAGCGCUUUGAAAUAAACAUGUUUUCUUUUUGUAAUGAGAUUUUAUUUAGUUGUGUAGAA